CUCAGAUUCAAGCUGGUCCGGUGCUGUUGAGUUCACACAAUUUAACAAGGGAGUGUCGGUAUAAAACUUUACUUUUCAGGAGCCGAGUUUACUGCGUACAUCAUUAUCAAGCACACAGUUUUACUGUAGUUUGCGCAGCUUUACGAAUCGACAAUGGACUGUGGAAUAAUAACUUCUAAAUCUGUUUUACUUUUUCUCAGUGUAAUAUUCUGGGUUGCAGGUGCCGCUCUUUCUUACGUGGGUUCCUAUGUAUUUAUCAGCUACAAACACUAUGGCAACUUCCUGGAAGACAAAUACACCCUGCUCCCUGCAGGAGUCAUCAUUGCUGUUGCCACGGUGAUGUUCAUCAUCGGAAUUAUUGGCUGUUGCGCUACACUACGGGAGUCCCGCGUUGGACUGGGUUUUUUCCUGGUCAUUAUCCUGCUCAUUUUUGCUGCUGAAGUUGCUGCCUUUGUGCUUGCAGUCGUCUACCAGGGACGGAUAAAAAGUGAUGUUGAGAGGUCAAUGAAUGAUGUAUUCCAGAAGUAUAAUGGGAAUAAUGCUGAAAGCAGGGCAGUGGAUUACUUGCAACAACAGGUGCAGUGCUGUGGAGUCAAUAGCUACCUUGACUGGAAUACCACUCAGUGGUACAACUCCACUGGUAACCACUCUGUGCCUGAGAGCUGCUGCAAACAGGGCUUUACUAACUGCACCGGGAGCAUGGACCAAACAGAAAACAUCUACACUCUGGGCUGUGAAUCCAAGCUGGCGCGCAUCCUGCAAGAUGUGCUGAGCUAUGCCAUGCUGGUGAUCCUGGGAUUUGCCAUUAUCAAGUUUUUCGGGAUGCUGAGUGUGUGUGUGAUCACAUGCAGGAACAGGAGACAGCAUGAAUAUCAGCCUUUGUAUUCAGGAACGAAUGCAUAAAGAGUGUUGAGAGCCUCAGAUGAUGGCGCCCAAAGCUGUUCUCUUCUUUUUAUUGAGGGACACAUACUGUACAUGGCAUCCAACAUGUUUGAUACAGCUGUUGUAGUUAUACAGCUAUUGUAGAGUUAUUGCCUUCUUCAAACUAGCUUAAGAAAAAGAGGAAGAUCUUCUGGUUGCUUCAUUUGCAGUUCUCUUUCUGUUGACCUUUUUUUUUUUUUUAAGAUGACUGCAAAUGAUACAAAGUGAAUCUACCCAACAAGAAGAAUACGUUAGUUAAGAUAACUGAUAUUUCCCACCCAUGCCAAGUUGCACUUAAAAUGGCUCCAGUAUUGAAAGUGGUCCUCCUCUACAGUGUACCUACUUGUAAGCUGUGAUGAAUUGUUUGUGGGACUGGGGUUGUCUGGGCCUAUAUAGCUUGUAACUAUGUACGUAUGGUUUUCUAAUAGAAAUUGUGUUAUAACAUUGGAAAUUGUGAAGUUUUAUAUAAAGGGGUUAAUAACCGCUGCAAGACAGACCGUUCCAUUUGUUUGCAUAUAAUAUCAUGGGCACAUUUUCUUCACAAUUCCUGAAGUUGGACAAGUUGCUAUUGCCUUAGGAAUGCAUUAGUUUUUAAUAAGGAAACAUAUUUUGGACAUAUUUAAUUUCUUGACAUGUUUAGCUUGGUCUUAAUACAUUGUAUGCAAAUGUUACACAUUAGUAAUGGAGUUGUAAGCACGUGCACACAUUUAUUUCUUUAAAAAAAAUUUUUUUAAAAUUACAUAGAGAAAUAUAAUGAAUCCCGUUUAGAUAUGAAUUAUGAAACUUAAUUGUUUUUGCUUACUUUCCUAGCAUUUGAUUGACCAGUGUGUACUUAACACAACAAAAAAAUCAAUAAACUUUACAGACUA